AUGAUUGGAUUCCAUGAAACGGUCUUCGCGAAAGGCCAGAUUCUUCCCGGAGAGAGAGACCAGAUCGGAAAUCAGAGCCGCCGGCAGAGCCUCUUUGGGCGCGCAAACAUCGCCUCAAAGUUUCAAGCCCAAAGCAGACUCGAGGCUCCUGAGCACGAGCGUAUUCAGCGCAAUGGCUACGUCCAAUUCAAGAGAAACAACAAAUGGCAUAUGCUCUGUUUCGAUAAAUUCUCACAUUUCAGUGACCUCUCACAUCACAACUAUCUCAGUGAUGUAUGUAAGGAUAUAGCUGGGAGUUCUAGAUGCGGCAGAGAAAAUGUCAGAAUUGUAAAUGUCAAAUGGAGACCAGCAUUGACCAAAUUCACCUUCGUCAUAAGGAAACCUGGAGGAAAUAUUGUUGAAGUUCCAUCCUGCCCAACGUAUCUCAUUGGUUACUUAAACUGCGCGGAGCCUUGCGGCCAUUACCGAAGAACCCGCAGGCACGCCGGCGACGCUCCCUCAGGCACGAACAGCUCGUUCGGCGCCGCAGUCCCGCCGCCGGCGAGCCCCCUGCCGCCGCCUCAACUACAGGACGAGGAGCAGGACGACGACUCUUACUGGGAGCAGUUGUCGCAAAGGUUCCUGAAGCAGGAGCAGGAACAACGCCACAUGGACUCCCGGAUAGUAGGCGGCACCAACGCAGACAGGAAGACCUGGCCAUUCAUCGUUUCCUUAAGUUACAGAGGUUCUCAUUUCUGUGGCGGGAGCAUCAUCACUGCUGAAUGGGUUCUGUCAGCUGCCCACUGCUUAUACGAACUGAGAAGAAGACUAAGGAAAACGGUGAUCGAGGUACAGGCCGGCAUGUUUAGGCGGCUCUCCUGGUCGCCCUAUGAGCAAACAUCAACAGUGUCCCAUGUCGUGUUCCACCCCGGAUACAACAAAUAUUCAUCAGACAAUGACAUCAUGGUGAUAAAGAUAGCAACCCCAUUCCAGUUUAACAGGUGGGUGCGACCCAUUGCCUUGGCACAAAAGGACGAUGUUGUGGACAAAAUGUGCAGCGUGGCAGGCUGGGGCACUACUACGGAAGGAGGACGAAUACCCAACGAAUUGCAAGAAGUGAAUGUUCCUUUACAUAGGCAGUGUCCAAGAGUUUACAAAGUGCCUAACGCUCAUUUCUUGUGUGCUGGUUAUCGCCACGGGGGGAAGGAUUCGUGCCAAGGAGACUCCGGAGGGCCCAUGAUGUGUAACAGUGUCAAGAAGGGCUGGGAAUUAUAUGGUGUGGUUUCCUUCGGCAUCGGUUGUGCAAGAAGGGGCUAUCCCGGCGCCUAUACGAAAGUGCCUUUUUACUACAGGUGGAUCAAAUUAGCGAUGCGUUCCUGGAACAUGAUUUCAGCAAAGCAGACAUGUGCUAGGAAGUGUUGGCGUAAUUUGGGGUCGUGUCUCCAGUCCUCUCGCUGUAGGUCACUGAAUGAUUGCUGGGAUCUAAAGAUGAGGUGCUAUUCUAGAAGUCUGAAUAUCAGCACUACAGACCCUCCAAUCCAUGAAUCAUCAGCAUUGUCUCCAGUAGUGAAGGCUCAGUUUACAAAACCUUGUCCUGAAGGCAUGUCGCCAUGCUUCGCAACCAACGAAUGCUUCUUUCCAAACCAAAGGUGUGAUAGGGAGAUUAACUGCGGCGAUCUGUCCGAUGAACUGAACUGUACCUGUCUCAUGCGCACUGCAAAUGAAUACCUGUGUGAUGGAUACCCAGACUGCCCUGACUUCUCAGACGAGCGUCAUUGUGUGAAUAACGACAAAGGAUGCAGUGAGGGAGAAAGAUGGUGCAUGCAAGCAGGAACACCUACCUGUGUGAAUAAGGAUAAACAGUGUGACGGAGUACAAGACUGUGAUGAUAAAUCGGAUGAACACCUGUGUAUGCGCCUGGUCUCCAACGCACAUGAUUCUAGUGAUCCAUUCGUCGUCAAGCGAUCAGGCUUUUUGCAAAUGAGGAGAAUGGGCCAUUGGCUGCCUUUUUGUUCAUCCCCGAUACAGAGUUAUGCUGCUUUAGUCAGCAGUGUGUGCAGCGAUAUAGUUGGACAUGAAAACAAUGACACCCAUAUUUUCCAACUGAAGCCCAUCCAAACUCCGAGCGAACUAAAAUCGAAGACUUGGACAAGACUUUCAUUUCACAACAGCAGUUAUACCAUGGCAAAUACAUGUGACAGCAACCUUGGCCUUCUAAUAGCAUGUGCUGAACCCAAAUGUGGGAGCCAGUAUGCAUACCACGUCAGGCAUAAGAGAGCACAAUUUGGGCUUUUACACGGCUCAAAAUAUUUCCUCGGUUUGGGCAGCAGGGCAGGGCUGGCUAAUUCUAUGGCAACUUCGAAUGCUGAACCCGAGAUGUGGGGCUUCUUGGUGAUGCUAUUGCGGGAAGGCCUGCCUACCUGCCUUGGUUCCAUCCUCGACUCUAGGUGGAUCUUAACAGCUGCUGCCUGUGUUGAUGAGUACGACCAGUACUUCUAUGAAGUCAAAGCUGGAAUGCUGCGAAGGAAUUCAACGUCCCCUUAUGAACAGAUUUCCAAUGUAACUGAAAUCAUUAACAAUGAACACGAGCUCGCCCUCCUCAGGCUGGCAACUCCACUCCAUCUGAACAGGUGGGUGCGACCAGUGUGCGAGUUUGAUAGUGAAGUAGUUGAUGUCAACACUGAUUGCGUCAUAGCAGGCUGGACCAACAUGCAGGAAGAAGAACCUUAUGACCAUCUCCAGCAAUCAACUUUGAAGACACUCUCGUGUCCCUCUGUGAACAAGGACAGCCAAUUGUGUGUUGACGGCGACCGCACAGAGAAGACUCUUCCUGGGACUCCACUCAUGUGCCGCAGAGGAGAGGAGUGGCACCUUGGUGGUGUGUCGUCGGGUGGAAGCACUGUGGAAAACCGAAAUGGGGUCUUCACUAGAAUCUCUAGUUUUAGGCAGUGGAUUGAAAAUCGUCAAAGCUAUGUUGAUAGGAACCGCAGCAAUUCCACAAGAGGUCUAAGACCCGGGUGUGCAUUAGGAACUUGCGUUUCGUCGCUUGGAACUUGUCAGACAGUCGUCGGCCACUGCAACUCACAG